AUGAGUUCAACAAGCAAGGCAUGGGUUGAGGCAGUGAAAGAUCAAGGAGUGAGUAGGUGGAAUUGCACCAUCAAAACAAUAAAUCAGCAUGCAAAGAACAAUAUAAAGUCAUAUUCACAGGCCAAAAAAAUCUCUUCUCAAUCUUCUUCUAUGGUUUCUUCAAACAGUAAAGCAAAGCAGUCUGAAGAGUCACUUAGGAAAGUUAUGUACUUGAGCUGUUGGGGUCCAUAUUGA